UCCCAUUCCAACAUGGCGCUCCCCUUGCGGACCAAUUUGAAACAUUUCAUCCGCUUCAUUCAGAGGUUUAAGCCCCUGAAAAGGUGCUUCUGCGCUGCUGUCUGCCCGGAAAUCAAGGAGCCUCCAUUAAAUGCUCGCGUGUUCUCAGGGAUCCAGCCGACCGGAGUGCCGCAUCUAGGCAACUACUUGGGUGCUCUGGAAAACUGGGUGGCCCUGCAGAACCAGUACCCCUCGGUGCUCUACAGCAUCGUGGACCUGCACUCCAUCACUCAGCCUCAGGAUCCAGACAAGCUCAGGAACAACAUCCUGGACAUGGCAGCGAGCUUGCUGGCCUGUGGAAUCAACCCAGAGAAGGCGAUCCUGUUUCAGCAGUCUCAGGUGUCCGAGCACGCUGAGUUCUGCUGGAUCCUCGGCUGCCUGACCAGCAUGCCCCGGCUACGCCACCUACCCCAAUGGAAGAUGAAGAGCAAGCAGAAGAACGAGGGCAGCGUUGGGCUCUACAUCUACCCCGUCCUGCAGGCCGCCGACAUCCUGCUCUACAAGUCCACACACGUCCCCGUCGGAGAGGACCAGGUCCAGCAUCUGGAGCUGGCUCAGGAUCUCGCCCGGAUCUUCAACCUGCAUUACGGAGAGCUGUUCCCCGAGGCGCGGGCUCUGCUGAGUUCGACACGAAAGGUCAAGUCCCUCCGCGACCCCUCCUCCAAAAUGUCAAAGUCCGACUCGCAGGCGAUGGCCACCAUCGCCAUCACCGACUCCCCGGACGACAUCGCCCAGAAGAUCCGCCGCGCCGUCACGGACUUCACCUCCGAGGUCACCUUCGACCCGCAGGCGCGCCCCGGCGUGUCCAACCUGGUGACCAUCCACGCCGCCGUGGCCAGGCUCAGCGUGGAGGAGGCGGUGUCGGCAGCCAAAGGGCUGGACACGGGGGCGUACAAGGGGCUGGUGAGCGAGGCGGUGAUCCAGAGGCUGGCGCCCCUCAGGGAGGAGAUCCAGAGGCGGAGGGCGGACCCGGCGCACCUGGAGGCGCUGCUGGCCCUGGGGAGCCACAGGGCCCGGCAGCUGGCCGCACCCGUGCUGGACGAGGUCCGACACAGAGUGGGCUUCAGCUGAAAGACGACAAAAGCUGGGGAAGAUACGGUUAGUUAAGCUGCUGGGGUUAAAGAUGCCGGAUGUUAGUUUUAUUUAAGAAAAAUAUGUUUUUGACAUAUUUGUUCAAACUGUCACCAUGGCGUGGCGUUAUGAGACAUAUAAUCUGUGAAAAGAUCGAUCUCCUGAUUUCCCUUGGCUACUGCUGUCGUCUGAAGAAAUGCACCAAAAUCAACCAAUCAGAGCCAGGAGGCGGGUUUUAACGCAGUCAAUCAGCGCUAAAACCCGCUGAACGUUUAGCACGUUCUACGCUGCUAAACGUGCUAAUGGCGGCCAAACAGCUGACCGUUACAGGAAAACUGUUAACUACUGCUAACGAGCUUAGCAUUCACAAGCUAGUUAGGCUGUGCUAUCAGGAAGAAGCAGAGAAGAAGAGAGGAAGGAUGAACACCACCUCACGGAGGGUGAUUGACAGCGCUAAGAUCCGCCUCCUGUCUCUGGUUGCUUCUUGUUAGCACUAGAAGAAGGCAGAGGCUCUUGUUUUUUUUUUUUGGGGGGGGGGGGGUUCACAGGUUAUGUCUCACACCAUACUGUCACGACAUGGUGACAGUUUCUAUAUGUAGAAAAAUAUUUUCUUUUAUGAAAAUUACAUACUAGAGCUUUAAUAAAUAGACUUUUUUAAUGACAAGACAUGUUGCAGUGAUUGUUCCUCUGCUGAAAUGUUGUUCUUGGCUGUGACUCCCACAGUGGGAUGUUUGAAGUCUGACCACUGGCCACAGACCGAUGGAUCAGAGUUUGUCACAUCAAACACUGGACUCAUUUAUUUAGCUCCAAGUCCUCAAUACAACACAGGCUGUUUUUCAUGUUACCCACUGUGUGUGUUUUUUUUUUUGCCAUAUUUCGUGUGCUGCCAAAACAUUCAAAUCUUCUGAAAGCUCAACAAUAAAAACUCGCCUCACUUA